AUGAGCGGCGCCACAUCAAAGCAGUACCAAGAUGCACAGCCGACCAUGCGGGAGAAAUACCCCGCCUUGGCCUUCCUCAUGAGGCACGUCGACGCGGCGCCAAGCAUUUCCUACACGCGAUUCUCGGACGAGCUGAGACACCGUGCCACCGAUACGGCCAUUGGCCUCGCACUUUGCGGCGAGCCGGGUGCCGCAACGCGCAUCAUCGAGCUCCUUCGCACACACUCGCUGGAUCCCUUCGAUCCCCAUAACGAGGGCAGCACCUACGCCCGCCCUGCUAUGUAUUUUGCGUGGGAGGCGACCAGGUCUUGGCCAGGUUGGAUCCCGCCUGAAGAGCGUACCGAAGACCGCUUGAACGAAAUAGAAGCAGAGGCGAGGAAGCCCUGGCUGGAGCGUUUUACGGAGGAGUGGAAGGUCGACGGCGAAACGGCCGCCAAAGCGCUGGAAAUGGCGCGGGCCAGUAUCAACAACGUCUUCCCUAGCGUAUCUGCUGUAGAGCGAAUCCAACUGGCGAAUAAAUGGUUCCAAGAUGGAUAUUACGGCUACGCGUCAAAUCCGAUGGGCCCCUUUAGUGCUCGAUAUAUCAAGAUUCAAGGAUGGUGGCGUCGUGGAUUAUACCCUUUCCCGUGGCAACAGCUCUUCCGCUCGGCUGGCCUUAGUAUCGCCCUUGAUAUCCAGCUCAAACUUGGCUUGGAUAAAGAUGCCAAAGAGACUUUUGAACAAAUUUGCGACAGGAUUACUUUUACCGAACAGCUGGAGAUGCUAGCCUGCUCCAGGUCAGCCUGGCACAGCGGUCUGUUCACCCCUGACAAGGGUGCUGGAAAUACCGGCUCGCGGUUUGUCAAGCUGCUCGAGCUCAGCCAGACAGACCUGCACGCUUGUGGCCUACGAGCAGUCGAACAGUUAGCAAAACGUCUAAGGAACGGUCCAGAGCGACCCUUCCGAGACAAAACCGUGGCAGACCUCGCACAGCUCAUCAGCGCCCACACCUAUGAGAACUGUGACUUUAAUGAACUGGAAAUUUACGGACCCCCCAUCGACAGACCCGCCGACGCAAAUAGUCUUCUCCACGAGCCUUGCCACCCAGACGAGCUCGCCGAUCUAAAGCACCGGCUGAGCACCGCCGGCGCAGACCCGGACCUCCCGCAGGACUACGAGGAACUGCUCGCUGCUACCAACGGCCUGGAGCCCUUCUGGGACGGUGGCUUCCGGCUGCGGCUCCUCGCACCCGCGCGCGAGGUCACGACGGCGACGCUGAGCUUUUUCGAGCGCGGCAGCGGUGAGAACAGCGUGCUGUCCCUGCUGCCACCGGGCUACCACGGACGCAUCGAGUGGCCGCCCAUGCCUGAUCGGGUUGUAUCGCUCUCGGGGGCCGAGGACCGCGAGGGCGAUGGCGACGGCGACCUUUGGCUCAUCGACCGGGCCACGACGGCGAGGUGCAAGGAGGCUGUCUUGGAGGCUCUGGCCAGGAGCGACGGCGACGCGAGGCGCAGGCUCCAGGUCGCCGUCGAGGACAUCUAUGGGAGUUUACAGCGAUUCCGGGAGCUGGAGUUUGGGGUCGUGUCGUGGAGGCACUGGGAUCCCGAGGGCGUGGUGCCGUACGACGGGGUCAGGGGCAUGCUGGAGGUUAUGGCCGAGAAGAGCAUGCAUAGGUAUAUGCUUUGGGAUCCUUGCUUUCGCCCAAAUCAACGGAUCUCCAAGGAGCGUCCCCCUUUUGUUAUUUAG